ACCCACAGCCCCCUCCUCCUACCCAAUCUCGCUGGCGGCGCACAAACGCUCCUCUUACAGGCGCUAGCGGAGCUGCAGCUGUCCCUCACGCCGCUUUAUGGGGAAAUACAGCAGAUCUCCCGAGCAUCACUGGGCACAGGACGGAGGGAGCCGGGCGCUCCAGCUUCCAGUCGGCGCGUCCCUCGCGGAGCUCGCUCCCAGGAGGGGAAGAGGCAGGCUCCACUCCGGUCUGAAGCUCCCCGAGGACGUGAGAGGCAGGGGCUGUGAACCGGGGGGUCGGGACCGUCCCGAAGGGUCAGGGGCAGCCGGAGAUGAAGAGCCCCGUCGGGAAUCAAGCCCUAAAUGAGUCGGAGGCAAGCUGAGGAGGAGGGACGCAGGAGCCGGUUUUAUUCCGAAUGUCAAAAGACAGGGCGGCUUCCGGAAGGUUUGCCGCACCGAGGAGGCGGGGCCGUGCCCUUUCCCCGGACUGGCGGCCGGGGUCCUGGAGAUGCGGGUGAAGGAGGGGAGCAAGAUCCGGAACCUGAUGGGCUUCGCCAUGACCCGCAUGCAGGGCGGGGCCGGGGGAGACGGGGGCGGGGCCGGGGCCGGGGCUGGUGGCGGGGGCGGACUCAGGCAGGUGGUCUUCGCCGGAUCGGGGCGCGCCGUCACCAAGACCAUCACCUGCGCCGAAAUCAUGAAGCGCAAGGUGGGCGGCCUGCACCAGCUGACCAAGCUGCGCUACAGGAGCGUGCGCGAGGUGUGGGAGAGCCGGGAGGGCGGGGCCUCCGAGAUGACCAUCCACAGGACCGUCCCGUCCAUCAGCAUCCUCCUGUCCAAGGACCCGCUGGACCCCGGGGAGCCCGGGUACCAGCCCCCGGAGGCCCUCGGCUCGCUCUGGGAGCCUCCGGCACAGGAUGAGGGGGAGGGCGCGGGUGCCCCCCCGACCGCCGACAAGAGACCCCUCAGCCCCGCCCCCUACGGCAGCCAGCCCGGGUGCAAGAGACCCUGCCUGACCGACGGGAGUUUUUCUGCUCCCUUCCCAAAAUGACUGAAGUUUCUUUGGGAGGACAAAAUGACGAAGGCCAGUUGGUGGUGCUUACUCGAUCAUAUCAGUCAGACAUGGAGAGGCGUAAACAAAUUUUCUGCAUUCUGAAGUGUGUGCGUGUGUGUGUGUGUGUGUGUGUGCGUGCAUGCGUGUGCAUGCGCGUGUGUGCGUACACUUUUGCCUGAUUUCUCAUUUAUUUCUCAUCUGAAGCAAUGACAGAAUGACACUUUCUACCUAAGACUUGACACCUUCUUAUUCUCUCGGUUGCAGAGUUUCUACAGUUUCAGAAGUGUAGCACUCAACUUUGUGGUGGCCUGACAACAUAUCCAUUUAUCCAUUAACUUUCUCCAUGGUCUGCUCCUCUUUUAUUAUUAUGCUGAGUUAUAUAAAAGCACAUUCUUCAAACACAAAACGUAGGUUCUGAGUAGCUUAAAUAAAUGCAGCUGUAUGUGUAUAAAUCUAUUUAAUAUGACCAAGAGAUAAAUAUUUUUUGUUGUGGUCUUGAAUAUCCACCUGCCAUCCAUACAUUCAAAUAAAUUUCAAAUUUGCCGAUGAAUGCACAUAAAUUAUUUCUGUGGUAGUGGCUGUAAUAAUUCACCGGAGUGUGGAUAUAUUGACAUUUUCCCUUUGUCCUUUGAUACCACGGGCUCAGUACAGAUAGGUUUACUACACAGAAUCCCAGCUGACAAAGGAAACGUAACGCCCCGGUCUUUUGAUGCAAAUGUGAGCAAAGAGACGAAGGCGCCGGUAUCUGCUCGGAUAAGCUGGUGCAUCGGGAACUGGCUUACAGAAGUGCCAACAGCUGUUAUAAACAUAGAUUAUCAUUAAGAUUGUAACGGAACAAGAUGCUUCAGGAAUACAAAGAAGGCCCAGGACCGUUUUCCUUUAUCUUCUCGCCCGAAAGGAGCGCUGCAGACUCAGCUAACCUUUAAUCUCUGCAAAGUACCCAGUGCGGCGUGGAGCCACGCAGAAAAGGCCACAAUUCACGGGCCGCCUGACAGCGCUCUCGGUGUCAGUGAAAUGCACGCGCGGCUACCUUGCACACCUUCGCGAAAGCCCGUACUUGCUGAUGCCGCGACUCAGAAACUAUAACUGUGCUCUGACCCAGGCUGGCCAGUUCUUCAGUCUGAAGCAAGCCAUUUCCGUAUGGCUGAGGAGACGCCAAGGGCGACACCGCAAUGCACUAUUGAUCAAGAUGAAGGUUAAAGUUAAUAUGGGUGGGUGCUUAAUGCACGACGCCCCCGGAAUACAUCUGGACCGUGCCGAUAAGCUUCAGUGCGAAUGAACGUGUUCUGCAAAUGACCCGCAGUGUCUUGUGAUGUUUCAAGCUUAAUGAAAAACGCAUUUGUUACCGUUCUUGGCUUGAAUUGGUUUGAGUUCUCUGGUGAGUUAGGUCAUUGUCAUAUUUGUUUCAUGUGUAUUAAAGAUCUAUUCCAAUAAUCUGUA